GGUCACGCGAAAUAAUAUAACGUCAUAAUAACGACAUAAUAGCACAGUCUUUGCUACAUUACCCGUUGUAAAUAAUAUCGUCGUAAUAUUUUGCCGCCGCAGUCGUCCCUCCCCGAGAUCGGUUUUGGUUUUCACCGCGUCGUCUGCUGCAGCGUCUCGCGCGCUAUACACGGCCGGUGCACUCGACGCCGCCGCGCUCUCUCACCUGCGCCGCGGACACGCGAGCGUUUUUCCGAACCGCCACCGCCGGAACACACCACACCGGAUAGGCCGACCGCGAGCACCCGCGCUCGAGAAAAACUCCUGCAGAAGUAUAGCGAAUCCGCCGACGAGGUGCAUAUUUUAUAACAAUAAAAAAUUAUAAUAGUUCUCCAACUAUAGAGACGUUAUAGUAUAUAAUAUUAUAGCAACACUAUACUACAGCAAUUUAUUGUAUUAUAAAAGCUCAGCUGUCCGCAACAAUACCGUCGACACUAUAAUAUUAUAGGUACCUUCGUCAUUUCGCGCCGAUCGAAUCAGAACCGACAAAAACCGCGCGACAAUAUGGUACACUUGACGUUCGUCGCCAGCCUAGUCUUCGGCUUUGUCGCCGCGUCCACCGCCGGCAUCACCGAUGACGACAAUGACGGUUUUUCGGCGGUGCCAGCGCCUUGGGAGGACAGCCGUUUGGACGAGAGGAUCUACGCUGACACGCCAAACUAUCUGACGUUCCAGCUGAACCGCAAGAGAUAUUCCGUACCGUAUCAUCCGGUGGCCAGGUUGAGGUCCAGUCAAACGUCCGGCGCAGUGCUUCCGUUCGCCAUGAUCGCCAACAGGAACUACAUGAACGACGAUGGAAACCGAUUCGAACCAGUGUGGAAGCCGACCGCAGCCGAACUACUGACUGUGCUGAUGAAUCGCCGGAAGAAUGCGGACACUGGAAUGGAUAACACAAACUUCAUGCGAUUUGGCAUCAGUAAAAGAACGCGUUUCGACGAUAAAUAAAGAGCCUUCAGCGCCCGCGCUUCUUAUUUCUGUAACAGCCAUUGUCGGCUAUUAUUAUUAUUAUUAUUAUUAUUAUUAUCCCAAAAUAGUUUCAUUGUUUUGACAUUACACUUGAACAGGAGAAAACAAAAAUUAUAAACACGAUAUCAUAACUCGUA